AUGUCAUUACCCUGGCAUAUACCUUUGGAGGGUAUACAGUCAAAACAAAACAAGCCAUCCUUAGUAGCACCAAGCCAGUUCGAACACUACUGUAACAUCAAAAUUCAUGAAAAUCCAUCAGAAGAACUCCAGACAGGAAUAAUGUGCGAAAUUGGAGUAGCUAAUCGAGAGCCUGGUACUAUCCAAAAAUUGAUUGCGGCUGGCAUGACAGUGGCAAGACUUAACAUAAGAGACCUAGAACCUGAUGCUUGUGCCCAACUGAUUCAAAGUGUCAGACAAGCUGUAUAUAAUUACAGUGCUGAAUUGGAAUACGUCUAUCCCUUGGCUGUUAUUGUAGAUGUAAGAGGUCCAGAUAUCGUAACCGGCGAACUAAAAGGUGGUCCAAAUUCCUCUAUAGAUCUUAUACAAUAUAACACCAUUCGUUUAACUACCGAUGCUAGUUGGCGUGAGUGCGGAACGGCUGAUUGUCUUUAUAUUGGUUAUGAUAAUUUAAUGGAUCUCCAAACGUCCGAUAUAAUAUUUAUUGAUAGUUUAACUCCAGGAAAAAUUAAACUAGUAGUUGCUGAGGUCGGAGAAGAUUCGGUGGAAUGUUCAAUUGCUAUUGGCGGGACCAUUGGUCCCAAAAUGACAGUUCGUAUAUCUGAAGUGCCUCGUGAAGUUGCACCUAAGGAAAAGGGAGAUAGUUAUGACGAAUCUUUAAAUUGUAGCGAGCUUUCAGUUCCCCCUUUUGAACACAUGGAGCAACAAAUAGCUUGGGCAAUUGGGUAUGACGUAGAUGGCUUACUUGUACCAAAUACUCAAAAUGCUCACGAUAUUCGUGCAGUCAGAGAGAUAUUGUCAGAAAGAGGAAAACAUAUUAUUGUUAUCGCUUGCAUCGAUUCUGCGCUGGGAUUCGAUAACAUCGAUGAUAUUUUGGCUGAGGCAGACGGAAUAUAUGUUGAUCGAUGUAUUUUAAGCACUGACUUGCCUGUUGAAAAGACAUUUAUAGCUCUCAAAGUUAUAGUGUCAAAAUGUUCCAAAGCUGGGAAACCGUAUAUUUGUAAAGUUGUUAUUAAUGAGCAAAUUCCUACACUGUGUGUUACAGAUAUUGCAAAUAUGGUUCUUGAUGGUGUAGAUGUGAUAUCACUUGAGUUGCACUACAAUUCUCCAUUACAGAAAUUUUCACCAAUUUAUGACUCUCUAAAAAUGGCUGAGCAUUGUAUUGCGGCGGCAGGUGUUAUUUGCAGACAUGCAGAACGAAUACGAUGGCAACCAUUUAUUUAUGGUAAUUUGUCAUUGAUGCAAUCAACUGUGGAUGAGCCAACGAGGGCAGUCUGUAUCAGUGCAGCUGAACUUGCAAUGCGAUCCAGUGCAGUUGUGAUUAUAUGUCUGACGAAUUCCGGUCGAACAGCUAAAUUAUUAUCCCACGCUAGACCCCUUUGUCCUAUAGUUGCGGUAACAAGAACUUGUCAUACCUCUAGACAGUUACGAUUUUGGCGAGGAGUACGCGCAGUACAUUAUUUCGAACCUUCAAUAUCUAACUGGAUAGCAGAAACGGAGGCUCGUGUGCAUGCUGCUCUUGAUUAUUGCAAAGCUAAGCGUGUUUUACGAGCUGGUGACGCGUAUGUCUUGGUAACAGGUUCCCGACGUGGGGUUGGAUAUUGUGAUACUGUAAGAUUACUGUAUGCGAGCGCCCGUAACACGGUUAACGUUGAAUAG